AAGGGGAAUGUGGUAAUUGGGGGUAAAAAUGAUUGUGAAUUGGGGUAUUAAUGUUGGGGUAAGGGGAAUGAAUGGACCAAACAGAGAGAAGGAGAAACCCACACACUUCAUCAGCAUCCCUCUCACUGUGCCCCACAUCAGAGACAGAGUCUCGCUGUUCAAAUCUUCUGUACUGGACUCCUGCAGAAGAGAGAGAGGGAUUUGUGAAGAUGUGUUCCAGCUACCUGAGAAGUUCCACCUCACUGUCGGAGUCCUGCGGAUUUUCUCUGAAGAAGAAGAGGAGAGAGGGAUUUGUGAAGAUGUGUUCCAGCUACCUGAGAAGUUCCACCUCACUGUCGGAGUCCUGCGGAUUUUCUCUGAAGAAGAAGAGGAGAGAGGGAUUUGUGAAGAUGUGUUCCAGCUACCUGAGAAGUUCCACCUCACUGUCGGAGUCCUGCGGAUUUUCUCUGAAGAAGAAGAGGAGAAGGAAAAAGCAGUGGUGAAGGAAGCUAUUGCAAUGGCCAAGUUAACAAGAUUGAGAAUUUGUUGUGCUCAUAGCCCUUCUAGUUUGUGUCAGCAGAGUUGUACUGGGCAGUGAGUCCUAGUAAUUGGGGUAAGAGGAAUGUAAGGUUAAUUGGGCAUCAAUACUUGGGGUAAAAAUAAUAAUUGUAAUUGGGUUAAGGUAGAAUGUUUGUAAUUGGGGUAAGAGGAAUGUGGUAAUUGGGGUAGAUAAUGUUGGCGUAAGGGGAAUGUGGUAUUUGGGGUUAAAAUAAUUGAUAAUAUGGUAAUUGGGGUAGAUAAUGUUGGAUGUUGGGGUAAGGGGAAUGUGGUAAUUGGGGUUAAAAUAAUUGAUAAUGUGGUAAUUGGGGUAAGGGGAAUGUGGUAAUUGGGGUUAAAAUAAUUGAUAAUGUGGUAAUUGGGGUAGAUAAUGUUGGGGUAAGGGGAAUGAGGUAAUUGGGGUAAAAAUAAUGCUUGUAAUUGGGAUAAGAGGAAUGUGGUAAUUGGGAUAGAUAAUGAUUGUGAAUUGGGGUAGAUAAUGUUGGGGUAAGAGGAAUGUGGUAAUUGGGGUAGAAUAAUGU